AUGAUUGCGUGUAGCGUAGCACCUACAACUUUACAGCUAGUCGCCAAGGCUCUUUACACCUCUGAUGUAUUACAGCCACUCUCGGGAUGCUACGAAUAG